AUGGGCGGCACAGACGAUGAUAUUCCACCCCGCCCGCACCCCACACAAGCCGCUCCGACCCCCGACCGAGACGCAGAUUCCAACCAACCCCCAACCCCAGCACCACCCGUCGCUUCGCUGCCCGCCGCACUCGAGGGCCCAGCGCGACCAAAUCAGACGGCGGUGGCCUCCCCGCACUCCCCCCCGCAUUCCGUCCUUUUGAGCGCCCCCCAUCUUGUUCUAAAACCCAUGACCGCCACCCUUGUGCUCGAAGCCGCUGGCGAUCCCAUCUCUCCCAGCCCACGACCCAAGGCCGCUGAUCCCAGUCGUGGGCAACCCACCACCAUCAUGGCUCCGACCAUGCCUCUGGCCCCACCCGAUCGCGACCGGUUUCAAGCCUGUCAUCACUCCCGCCACGGUCUGCCAGCGCUGCACGAACCCCAGACCCCCUUACCCAGCCCCUCCUCGAGCCCCACGCCAAGCCCAGGGCAUAAGCUGCACAGUGACCUGUCCGAGCUGCUGCUCGUACCAGCCCCCGCUAAAUCUUGCUAUGCUGGUGCCACCUUCCAAGUUCAAGUUCUGCACACUCGACAUACACCCCAGCUCAUCUGGCGCUCCUCCAUCUAUCAUCCGCUGCUGCGCGCCCAGGCCCCCGUCUGUCCGUGCCUGCUUCGCGGGCCUCCUGCCAGCAGCACUCUUGGACCUCAUGCCAAAGCCGACCUCCUAUGUCACCUCUCCGCUGUCCUGGCUGCCCCGGAACUGCUCAGGCCCUGUGCGUCCUGCAUCGUUAACCAAACCGCCUAUCUCGAAGCUCGUACCGACCUCAGCUUUUUUCGGCGCAAGGCCAAUGCCCAUACCCCGGGCACUGACCCCCUCCCUGACAGCGAGCUUCGGGCCGCGCCCGCCGAGCCGGGACUCGACCUUUCAGCCCUGCUCACCACCGGCACUUAUAGUGACCUCAAAAUUCUGGCUGCCAACAGCAAGAUCUUCCGUGCUCAUCGCACAGUCCUGGCCGCCGUCUCCCCUCGCCUAGCCCUGCAGUUUCGAGUUCGCGCUGACGGGGGCAAGCUCGUCGUACCCUAUCACCCCGUCGUCGUCGCCCGCUGUCUUCAAUUUAUCUACUCGCGCGCCCUACCUCCGCCCAACUUUCCCCCGCAACACUGGUCCGCUCUGGCCCAGCUGGCGGCCGAAUGGGGCCUGGACUCCCUCCAUCGGUUUGCGUGUGCUGCUGAGCAGCUGCUAGUUCACAGAGCGUCCCCCCUGCCCUCGCCGCCGGCCGUGCCUGCACAGACCCCCCUCGCACCCUGCGGUCAAACGGGCCUCGAUUGUCAAUGCAUGAUGUGUGACCUUUGA